GUCAGCGGAAUUUGCAACCAACAAAGCUGAAAAUGUUGUACCUGGACGUUGAAGUCGCCACAGUCGCUCGAAACACGCAGGUAAUUAAAGUAACAGCACUUGGAUUCUGUUUUCUGUGACUGUAAGGUGAAGAGACGUGACUGACCUGUGGUGAAAAGUGCUAAAAAGUGUCACAAGAUCUGCUAAACUGGUAGUGCAAAGUGAAAAAUCUCGACCGGCAAUUAUGUGCUUCUGUGAAAGGAAAUUUACCGAAAACUGAAAGGUCUUCUAUAUGUUAAGCCAGCUUCAAAAUGGUUAUCGUGACACGGGGUGAUUACAUCUGGAUCGAACCCGUGGGAAAUGGAGAGUUCGAUGUGGCAAUCGGAGCAAGAGUCCUGCAGGCAGAAGGACGGCGCGUUUAUGUCCGAGAUGAUGAUGGAAACGAGAACUGGUUGGCUUCGGAUCGCCGCAUUAAAGCCAUGCAUGCCACUUCUGCUCAUGGAGUGGAGGACAUGAUCGGGUUGGGAGACUUGCAUGAAGCAGGAAUUCUCAGAAACCUCCUCAUCAGAUACAAUGAGAAUCUGAUCUAUACAUACACUGGGUCGAUUCUAGUCGCUGUCAAUCCCUACCAAAUCCUGCCCAUCUACACUGCCGAACAGAUCAAGCUCUACAAGGAGCGGAAAAUUGGUGAGCUGCCACCCCAUAUAUUUGCGAUAGGGGACAACUCGUAUGGGAACAUGAGAAGAUAUGGACAGGAUCAAUGCAUAGUGAUAUCAGGCGAGUCAGGUGCAGGCAAAACCGAGAGUACAAAGUUGAUUCUUCAAUACCUGGCAGCCAUCAGUGGAAAACAUUCGUGGAUCGAGCAACAAAUUCUCGAAGCAAAUCCCAUCCUAGAAGCUUUCGGAAAUGCCAAGACUGUGCGCAAUGACAACAGCUCCCGAUUUGGAAAAUACAUAGAUAUCCACUUUAACGCCAGUGGAGUGAUCGAGGGGGCCAAGAUUGAGCAGUAUCUGCUGGAGAAAAGCCGCAUAGUGUCCCAAAAUCAGGAGGAGCGGAACUAUCAUGUGUUUUACUGUCUGUUGGCUGGCUUGGGACGAGAGGAUAAACGGAAGCUGGAGCUGGGAGACGCUAGUCAGUAUAAAUACCUAACAGGGGGCGGCAGCAUCACCUGCGAAGGCCGAGACGACGCAGCCGAAUUCGCGGACAUCAGAAGCGCAAUGAAAGUGCUGCUGUUUUCCGACCAGGAAAUAUGGGAGAUUAUGAAACUGCUGGCUGCCCUUCUUCACAUUGGAAACAUCAAGUAUAAAGCGACUGUAGUUGACAAUCUCGACGCCACGGAAAUUCCCGAUCCCACCAACGUUCAAAGAGUGGCGAAUUUACUCGGUGUUCCACUGCAGCCACUGAUCCACGCGCUAACGCGGAAAACUCUGUUUGCCCAUGGGGAAACUGUAGUGUCGACACUGUCGCGGGAGCAAAGUGUGGAUGUUCGCGAUGCCUUUGUAAAAGGCAUCUAUGGGCGGCUUUUUGUGUUCAUCGUGCGCAAAAUCAACACUGCCAUCUACAAGCCAAAGGAGCGCCAACGAAGUUCCAUCGGAGUCUUGGAUAUUUUCGGCUUCGAGAACUUCGCCCACAACAGCUUCGAACAGUUCUGCAUCAAUUUCGCCAAUGAGAACCUUCAGCAGUUUUUCGUGCGGCAUAUAUUCAAGCUGGAGCAGGAAGAGUACAAUCUGGAGGGCAUCAACUGGCAGCAUAUCGAGUUUGUCGACAAUCAAGACGCGCUGGAUCUUAUCGCUGUUAAGCAGCUGAAUAUUAUGGCACUGAUCGACGAAGAGAGCAAGUUUCCAAAAGGAACUGACCAGACGAUGCUGGCCAAGCUGCACAAGCAGCAUGGCGCCCACCGGAACUACCUAAAACCAAAAUCGGACAUCAACACCAGCUUCGGGCUCAACCACUUUGCUGGGGUAGUUUUCUACGACACUAGAAGCUUCUUGGAGAAGAACCGCGAUACGUUUAGUGCCGACCUGCUUCAACUGGUGGCCAUCAGCGGCAACAAGUUUCUUCAGCAGCUCUUCCACGACGACAUCGGGAUGGGCUCGGAAACCCGGAAACGCGCCCCCACUCUGUCCACGCAAUUCAAACGGUCCCUGGACUCUCUGAUGAAAACUCUCUCCAACUGCCAGCCGUUCUUCAUCAGGUGCAUCAAACCCAACGAGCUGAAGCGGCCGAUGUCCUUUGAUAGGACGCUCUGCUGCAGGCAGUUGCGUUAUUCAGGAAUGAUGGAGACCAUCAGAAUCCGACGCGCCGGGUACCCGAUUCGGCACACGUUUGAGGAGUUUGUCGAUCGGUAUCGGUUCCUCAUCUCGGGCGUACCGCCAGCCCACAAGACUGAUUGCAUGGCAGCCACUUCUCGAAUUUGUCAAAUAGUUUUAGGAAGAUCUGAUUACCAACUAGGAAACACGAAGGUAUUUCUGAAGGACGCCCACGAUUUGUUUCUGGAACAGGAGCGCGAUCGCGUGCUCACCAAGAAAAUCCUGGUCUUGCAGAGAAACAUCAGAGGCUGGGUGUAUCGCAGGAGAUUUUUGAGACUGAGGGCGGCCAGCGUGGUGGUUCAAAAGUACUGGAAAGGUUACAUCCAGAGGCAGCGCUACAAGCAGAUGAAAGUGGGCUACAUGCGGCUGCAGGCCCUUAUUCGCGCCAGAGUACUCUCCCAUCGAUUCCGGCAUUUGAGAGGACAUAUCGUGGGAUUGCAGGCUCAUUCGCGCGGUUUCUUAGUUCGAAGAGAAUACGGGCACAAAAUGUGGGCGAUUAUUAAGAUCCAGUCGCAUGUGCGGAGAAUGAUCGCCCAAAGGCGAUUCAAAAAGCAGCGGUUUGAGCACAAAAAGCACGUCGAAGCCUUAAAGCUCAAACAGAAGGAGGAACGCCAGCUGAAGGACGCCGGCAACAAACGGGCCAAAGAAAUAGCUGAGCACAAUUACAGGGAAAGAAUAUACGAACUGGAGCGAAAGGAAAUGGAGCUGGAAAUCGAGCAAAGGAAGCGAGUGGAGAUCAAAAAGAACAUCAUCAACGACGCUGCUCGAAAAGCCGAUGAGCCAGUCGAUGACUCCAAGCUGGUGGAAGCGAUGUUCGACUUUCUGCCCGAUAGUUCGAGCGAAGCUCCCGGCACUGGUACGAAUAAAGGGCGAGUUUUGUUGAAUAUUCCGCUCAUUUGGAACUGUCUAGGGCGAGAAACCUCAGUAUUCAACGACCUGCCAGCCCAAACCAAUGAGAACGAGAUCAUCAGUCCUAUGCAAACGGUUUCGGAAGAUGAGGAAGAUUUAAGCGAGUUCAAGUUCCAGAAAUUCGCCGCCACAUACUUUCAGGGCAACGUGGGGCAUCAGUACUCGAGGAAACCGCUCAAGCAUCCCUUGUUGCCGCUACACACACAGGGCGAUCAACUGGCGGCUCAAGCACUUUGGGUAACAAUUCUCCGUUUCACUGGCGAUUUACCGGAACCAAGGUACCACACGAUGGAAAGGGACACCACUUCGGUUAUGUCCAAAGUCACAGCCACGCUCGGCCGCAACUUCAUCAAGAGCAAGGAGUUUCAAGAGGCGCAGCUGAUGGGUUUGGACCCCGACUCGUUUAUGAAGCAAAAGCCCAGAUCGAUCAGGAACAAGCUGGUAUCGCUGACGUUAAAGCGCAAAAACAAGCUAGGAGAAGAUGUGCGACGGAAGCUUCAAGAGGAAGAGUAUACGGCGGAUAGUUACCAGUCAUGGUUGGAAUCCAGGCCCACCAGCAAUCUGGAAAAAUUGCACUUCAUCAUCGGCCAUGGAAUUCUGCGGGCUGAGCUUCGCGACGAAAUCUACUGCCAGAUUUGCAAGCAGCUCUCGAAUAAUCCUUCCAAGUCUUCUCAUGCUAGAGGCUGGAUACUGUUAUCGCUGUGUGUCGGGUGCUUCGCCCCUUCGGAAAAGUUCGUCAGCUAUUUACGGGCCUUUAUCAGAGAGGGUCCUCCAGGGUACGCGCCCUACUGCGAAGACCGCCUGAAGAGAACCUUUAACAAUGGGACGCGAAACCAGCCGCCCAGCUGGCUGGAGCUGCAAGCCACCAAAUCAAAGAAACCCAUAAUGUUGCCGAUUACUUUCAUGGACGGCAACACGAAAACGCUGCUAGCUGACUCAGCCACCACUGCUAGGGAAUUGUGCAAUCAAUUGUCGGAUAAAAUUAGCUUAAAGGACCAGUUUGGGUUUUCCCUAUACAUAGCGCUGUUCGACAAAGUUUCUUCGCUGGGCAGUGGCGGCGAUCAUGUUAUGGACGCGAUUUCCCAAUGCGAACAGUAUGCAAAAGAGCAGGGAGCUCAAGAGCGCAAUGCGCCUUGGAGGCUUUUCUUCAGGAAAGAGAUCUUCGCUCCGUGGCACGAGCCUACGGAGGAUCAGGUUGCUACCAAUCUGAUCUAUCAGCAAGUGGUACGAGGCGUGAAAUUUGGCGAAUAUCGGUGCGAUAAAGAAGAGGACUUAGCCAUGAUAGCCGCUCAGCAAUACUACAUCGAAUACAACACGGACAUGAACGUGGAACGGUUGCUGACUCUGUUGCCCAACUAUAUCCCCGAUUAUUGCCUGACUGGCGUAGAUAAGGCCGUAGACCGAUGGGCCGCCUUGGUAGUCCAAGCCUUCAAAAAAAGCUACUACAUCAAGGAAAAAGUCAACGUCUUGCGCGUUAAAGAGGACGUAGUCAGCUACGCCAAGUUCAAAUGGCCCCUACUAUUCUCCCGGUUCUACGAAGCGUACAGGAAUUCAGGCCCGAAUUUGCCCAAGAACGACGUAAUAAUUGCAGUCAACUGGACAGGCGUUUAUGUGGUUGACGAUCAGGAACAGGUUCUUCUCGAACUGUCCUUUCCCGAAAUCACGAUGGUUUCUAGUCAGAAAACGAACAAGGUAUUUACGCAGACUUUCAGCCUUAAUACGGUGCGAGGCGAGGAAUUUACCUUCCAAAGCCCCAACGCUGAAGACAUUCGCGAUCUGGUAGUGUAUUUCCUGGAGGGUUUAAAGAAGCGCUCCAAAUACGUUAUAGCGCUGCAAGACUACAAAGCCCCUGGAGAAGGGUCCAGCUUCCUGACGUUCCAGAAAGGCGACUUAAUUAUUCUGGAGGAAGACAGUACUGGGGAAACUGUGCUGAAUUCUGGAUGGUGUGUUGGCAGAUGUGAGCGCACCCAGGAAAAAGGCGACUUUCCUGCUGAAACAGUGUACGUCCUUCCCUGUAUGAGCAAACCCCCAGCGGAUAUUUUGCAGCUGUUUUCUGUUGAAGGAGUUAAUGAUCAUCAAAGGCGUCUAAGUCAUCACUCGCUAAAUGGUGUGGAUACGAAAGACCGGCCGCACAACUUAGCCGAAUAUGCAAUUGAUCACUUCAGGCCUCCAUUAAAACGAACAGUUUCGAAAACGCUCACUUUGAGUGGCGGCCGAAGAAGCACUAUAGAUGAGCUCUGGAGACAUUCGCGCGAUCCGAUCAAACAGCCGCUUUUGAAGAAGCUGCUCAUGAAAGAAGAGCUCGCAGAAGAAGCGUGUUUUGCCUUCAGUGCAAUAUUGAAGUAUAUGGGCGAUUUGCCAUCGAAACGACCACGACUCGGCAAUGAGUACACGGACCAUAUAUUCGACGGGCCGUUGAAGCACGAAAUUCUGCGGGAUGAAAUUUACUGCCAAAUUAUGAAGCAGCUGACCGACAACAGGAAUCGUUUGUCGGAAGAACGGGGAUGGGAACUGAUGUGGUUGGCCACUGGUUUGUUCACUUGUUCCCAAAACCUGCUGAAAGAGCUGUCGGCCUUUCUAAGGAGCCGAAGGCAUCCGAUUUCUCAGGACUCGCUGCAACGGCUGCAAAAAACGCUGAGAAACGGCCAGAGAAAAUAUCCACCCCACCAGGUGGAAGUGGAGGCCAUCCAGCACAAAACCACUCAGAUUUUCCACAAAGUCUACUUUCCUGACGAUACCGACGAAGCUUUUGAAGUGGACUCCAGCACCAGAGCCAAGGAUUUCUGCCAGAACAUCAGCCAACGGUUGAGCUUGCGCUCCAGCGAAGGAUUCAGUCUGUUUGUGAAAAUUGCCGACAAAGUGAUUUCGGUUCCGGAGGGCGACUUUUUCUUUGACUUUGUCCGCCACCUGACUGACUGGAUAAGGAAGGCCAGACCGACAAGAGACGGCAUCACGCCGCAGUUCUCCUAUCAGGUGUUCUUCAUGAAAAAACUCUGGACAAACACCGUUCCGGGCAAGGACAGGAACGCGGAUUUGAUCUUCCAUUUCCAUCAGGAGCUGCCCAAGCUGAUUCGUGGUUACCACAAGUGUAGCAAAGAGGAGGCUAUUAAACUAGCCGCUUUGGUUUAUCGGGUGCGGUUUGGAGAGAGCAAACAGGAAUUGCAGAGUAUACCGCAAAUGCUCAGAGAGUUAAUUCCAGCCGACUUGGUGAAAAUUCAAUCGGCUAACGAUUGGAAGCGUGCCAUAGUCGGUGUUUACAAUCAGGACGCCGGCAUGCCGCCCGACGACGCCAAAAUCGCCUUCUUAAAGGUGGUCUAUCGAUGGCCCACCUUCGGUUCGGCCUUUUUCGAGGUGAAACAAACGACCGAUCCCAACUACCCUGAAAUGCUGCUCAUUGCCAUAAACAAGCAUGGUGUCAGUUUGAUUCAUCCACAAAACAAGGAUAUAUUGGUAACCCAUCCAUUCACGAGAAUAUCAAACUGGUCAUCAGGCAACACUUACUUCCACAUGACGAUAGGAAAUCUAGUUCGAGGUUCAAAGCUGCUGUGUGAGACGUCUUUAGGAUAUAAAAUGGAUGAUUUGCUUACGUCGUACAUAUCCCUGAUGCUCACCAACAUGAAUAAACAGAGAAGUAUACGGAUAAAGUAAGCGCUCAUUCAAAACUUACCUCAAAUAUUUAUUGCUUGUCGCGUACUAGUCUAGAUGUUGAUUCAGAAAAGUUUUACUAUUUUAAUAAGAUUUUUAGCGUAAUUUUUGAUCGAAUCUCUGAUAAAUUCAACAAAACACCCAACGAUCUUAUUCAAAUUCUCAACAAUUUCGACUGGUGAUACACAGAAACAAUAUCUCACAAUCGUGUGUAAUAAUCGUUAUUGGUAUAUUGUAAAAGUUUAUAUAAUAGACGCUUUUUAUUGUAUUUAUAUACAUAUUUAUAAUACUUUCUGUAAAUAGAAUUUUCCUCAAUUCAGUUUGCAAUGUAAACUGCAAACUCUAUUGAGGAAAAAAUAACAAUAAAAUAAAAUGUAAAUAACGGACAA